CAGUCGGUCAGUCCGCAGCUCUCGGGGUGGUGCGCGGUCGCAGGCAGCAUGACUCCUCUCUGCCUCAAUUGCUCCAUCCUCCCCAGAGACCUGUCCCCAGGGGAUGCAAGGAUCCCCACACCCUGCAAUGACAGUGAGGCCACAGUGUCCUUUGACCCCGAGGACUUGAACCUGACGGACGAGGCACUGAGAUUCAAGUACCUGGGGCCGCAGCAGAUAGAGCUGUUUGCGCCUAUCUGUGCCACCUACCUGCUGAUCUUUGUGGUGGGCACCGUGGGCAACGGGCUGACCUGCCUGGUCAUCCUGCGCCACAAGGCCAUGCGCACACCCACCAAUUUCUACCUGUUCAGUCUGGCUGUGUCGGACCUGCUGACGCUGCUGGCGGGGCUGCCCCUGGAGCUCUACGAGAUGAUGCACAACUACCCCUUCCUGCUGGGCGCCGGCGGCUGCUACUUCCGCACGCUGCUCUUAGAGAUGGUCUGCCUGGCCUCGGUGCUCAACGUCACUGCUCUGAGUGUGGAGCGCUACAUAGCCGUGGUGCACCCAUUCCGGGCCAGGUCUGUGGUGACGCCGGCCAACGUGCGCCGCCGGCUGGGGGCCAUCUGGGGCCUCGCCCUGCUCUGCUCCCUGCCCAACACCAGCCUGCAUGGCCUCCAGCAGCUGCGUGUGCCCUGCCGGGGCCCCGUGCCAGACUCCACCGUGUGCAUGGUGGUCAGUCCCCGGGCCCUCUACAACUUAGUGGUGCAGGUCACCACGCUGCUCUUCUUCUGCCUGCCCAUGGCCACCGUCACUGUGCUCUACCUGCUCGUGGGGCUGCAACUGCGAAGGGAGAGGCUGCUCCUGCUGCAGCAGGAGGCCAAGGGCAGGGGCGUCAGGGUGGCCAGAGACAGCGACACCCCCAGGCUCCAGCUGCAGGACAGAGGCCGGAGACAAGUGACCAGGAUGCUGUAUGUGCUGGUCAUGGUGUUUGGCUUCUGCUGGGCCCCGUUCCACACCGACCGCCUCAUGUGGAGCCUUGUGUCCCACUGGACAGAGGACCUGCUCUUGGCCUACCAGUGCGUCCACAUCGUCUCUGGCGUCUUCUUCUACCUCGGCUCAGCUGUGAACCCUGUGCUCUACAGCCUCAUGUCCAGCCGCUUCCAGGAGACCUUCCGGGAAGUUCUGGGCCUCGGCACCCACUGCCACCGCCGCCCCCACGGCAGUUCCCACAGCCUCAGCAGGCUGACCGUGGGCAGCACCCUGUGUACCGUGGGCACCCAUGGAAGCAGGGUCCAGCCUCUGGCUGAGAAUGACGGCCAAGAAGAGACAGAACCCUCCUAAAUGGAGCCCGGAAGCAGCUUCACCCCGAGGGCCACGUGCCGCCUGGGGAGCCCACCUGCAUUCUCUGCCAGGACGUCCUCACGAUCGUCCCCGACUUGCCUUAGACCCUCUGACCAGCUCCCUAGCAACCCCUGUCCCUGACCAUGUAUCAGAUUUGAGGAAAGCGAAGACUGAUACCUGAUUAUUGAGAACCCAUAUUGUGCCAGGGAACAAUAUUGAGCUUCACCCCAAGCCCCCAGCUAAAAUCCUUCCUUGCAGAACCAUCUUGUGAGCUGGAGCUCAGCAAUCCUCCCUCUCGGGAGGGAGGCCAGUGGGUCCCCCUCUGAGAUCAUUCCUCUGCAUCCAGCUGUCCUUCCAUUUCUUUCUGCAGGUGCCCUGGCACCUGGGACCCUUCUGCACCUAGACUUUUCCUGGCCCGCAUUCUGUGCUGGGAUCUGUGCCUGUGGAGAUGAUGGGUGGCAGAGUUUUCCAGGGAACCCAGGGCCUGGCUCUAAUCCCAGCCCUGCUGCCACCACCUUGCCUCUUGGCAUCAGACAAAUCCCCCCCACUUUUCUAAGCUUUGCUUCCUGGUUUGAAAAAUGAAAGGCACCCUGACAUUCCCCAGGGUCACGCUCUGGCACUAGCUGUGGUUUUCUGUGUGUGUCACUGCUUUUAACACAACCAAUGAUGCCCUCAGAUUAGCGGGACAGACAUCACUCCCUACGUCCUUAUCACUCACAAACCCUGCUUCCUCCCUGACCUGCCGGGGGCAGGAGCUUCACUUGUCCUGCAGCAGCUGGGGCCAGGAUGUGAGCACAUUCCCUCCGCCUGCCGCCCUCCUCACCCACAUGGAGGCUGCCCUGAGCACCCCAAGUGAGCAGAGCACUGGACCUGCAGGCUUAAGGAUCUCGGGCCAAGAGACAUGGGCCAACCGUGGCCAGGAAUGACCCUGCAAGGGCAGUUCUUCUGGGCUUAAUGAGGUGACAGAAGGGACAGGGCUGAGUAACCAUGAAAUUCCGUCCCACCCUGAAUUCCUGGGACCAACCCAAUGCUUAGUCAAGAAUGAAUGAAUGAAACUUGUCCAGAUGCAAACCUCCUGAGAGGAGGCCUGGCAUCCAGGGAUGGGAGGUGCAGGGUGACCGGGGGCCUGUCCAUCUGGGUUGAUCUGCGACAGUCUGCCAGCUUGUGCCCUGGUGGAGGAGAUG